AUGUUACGGUUGUCCUUUCCCUCGAGAAACCUCUCGAACUUCAGUGCAAUUGCACCUUUAACCAGGAAGCUAUUAUGGAAGCCGCUCCUCAUUCAAAGGGCACAGACGUCAAGGUAUCAAAGUACAAAGGUUAUCAAUGAGAAUACCACUCCAUUUACUACUGAGGAGUUGAAGCAAUCACAAUUGGAAAGAAUAAAGGGUCUGGGGCCUCUAGUUUCUAAAUUACCCACACGGUUAAUCCCCUACGCAGAGUUGAUGCGGUUGGAAAAGCCUGUAGGGACAUGGUUAUUGUAUCUACCAUGUUCUUGGGCGAUCCUGAUUGCAGCAAUGCAAACGUCUGCCCCUUUACUCUCUACUGUAGGAAUGUUAGGUAUAUUUGGCGUGGGAGCUGUUAUAAUGAGAGGAGCCGGAUGUACCAUUAACGAUCUCUUUGACAGGAAUUUAGAUGAUAAAGUAAUUAGAUCUGUCCAGAGACCUAUAGCCUCAGGCAGAAUCACUCCCAAACAAGCAUCCGUGUUUCUUGCUGGUCAAACCGCGGUUGGAAUGGGGAUUCUAAGUCUUUUACCUGCUCAAUGUUGGUGGCUGGGCCUAGCUUCUUUACCCAUUGUAUUCACAUAUCCCUUAUUUAAGAGAUUUACUUAUUAUCCACAGGCUGCAUUGAGUGCGUGUUUUAAUUGGGGGGCUAUGUUGGGAUUUCCAGCAAUGGGGGUUCUAGAUUGGUCCACUAUGAUUCCAUUAUACUGUGGAAGCUUCUUGUGGUGUAUGAUUUAUGAUACCAUAUAUGCACACCAAGAUAAAGCAUUUGACAUUAAAGCUGGAAUAAAAUCAACCGCAUUAGCAUGGGGAUCGAAUACCAAGAAAAUUAGUUAUGCCUUGGCAACUACACAAUUUGGAUUGCUGACUUGGGCUGCUGCUAGUAGUGGUGUUAUGCUAGGUCCUGGUUUCAUUGGUGGUCUUUCCAUAUUUGCAUACAGAGUAUUCAGCAUGAUUAAGAAUGUAAAUCUAGAUUCACCAAAGGAUUGCUGGAGAGCCUUUACAGGAAACAUUCAAACGGGAUUAUACUUCUCGUAUGCUUUAUUCUUCGACUACAUUUUAAGAUUGAUUGGCAUUCUAUGA